CAAUGGAGCUGCGUUUAUUUGUGCUGAUUGCUCUGACGGUAUUAUUUCAAGGACAAAGUCAAGGACAACUCGUGCCGGGGCUUCGUACAGGCCUUGUCCCAGUGCUGGAAAAUGGACAGAUUCGAGUAGUGCAAUAUCUCGAUAUAGCAAGUACUGUCACACCAGAGACUGUGAAGGAACAAUUCAGUAGAAGACAUUUGACUCUGGCAAAACCACUUAAGACUGGCUCAAGUGCUCAAGCCAAUUUGCCCAAUUGGUAAAUUAAAAAAAGCUUAAAAGCACUUUGUCAGGGAAAUGUAUAG